UGAAGGCGAGGCAAUACAGAAGGUAGACAUGAGGUGAAUGGCCAUAGCUGGGAAUCAUCAGGAGCCUAGCAGAGAGGGGAGGGGGAGGAGAGCUGACAGAGGCACCAUGACAGACAUUGGUCCAAAUCGAAUUGACCAUAUCAAAACACCAUUAUGAACCGUGUCAAAUUGCAUUUAUUUCUAUAGGAAUUGAAACUAUUUGUAUUUCUUUAUUCAUAUUGUUUUUAAAGCAGACGCAAAAAUGUGUGAAGUGGGAGCAACUAUGGCAACUCAGAAGCUUGAAUCUCCAAUGAACUCCCUGUCAGUCUGCAGAAACUAUGUUCUAAAAAACGACACAGGUUUUUAUUUUAUUUUUUAUUUUAGCUAAACACAGCAUAAUCACAAUUAAACGACCUCUGGAAAUGCUUUUAAAAUAGAUCAGAAGAGCACUGGGACUUUAAACUGUCUGUACUUGUGUUUAAUAGCAUGAAAAUAGACUUUCUCUUUUUUUGGUUUAACCAAAAGUGGUAAUAAUUUAGGUAACAUUUAUACAUUUAGAGAGAAGUUUAAAAAAAAUAAGAAGAAGGUGGGCAACAGUGGUUUUGGAGUUUUAGAGUUUUGGUCGAGGGGGCGUGGCCAGCUCUGGCUCGCGGCCACAUUCAGGUUUUGUUGGGCUGAUGGAGGGAGAGGGAGAAGGAGAGGGAGGAGGCGGGGGGAGGGAGGAGGGACCAGUGGUGGAAAAAAAAAAGUUAAAGUGAAAAUGGCUUCCUUGUCUUUAGAGUCCACAGAACAAUCCGAGAACAGCCCAGAGGAACCAUCGGCCACAGAAUCCGAGGAAGCUAAAGAUCCUCUCCAGCUUUCGGAACAAUUACUCCAAAGUUUUCAAAAGUCGGCUUUGAGUUUUUCCACUGACCAAGUUUCAUGUCUGUGCGAGGCCCUUCUGCAGGCGGGCAAUGUGGAUCGCCUGUGGAGAUUUCUCUCCACCAUACCUCCUUCGUCCGAGCUGCUACGUGGCAACGAGACCCUGCUGAAGGCCCAGGCUCUGGUGGCUUUCCACCGGGAGGAAUUCAAGGAGCUCUACGCCAUCCUGGAGAGCCACGACUUCCACCCGUCUAACCAUGGGUUCCUGCAGGACCUGUACCUCAAAGCCCGUUACAAGGAGGCGGAGAGAUCCCGCGGCCGCAGCCUGGGAGCGGUGGACAAGUACCGGCUGAGAAAAAAGUUCCCCCUUCCCAAAACCAUCUGGGACGGAGAGGAGACGGUGUACUGCUUCAAGGAGAAGUCCCGCAACGCCCUGAAAGAGUGCUACAAGAGCAACAGGUACCCCACUCCGGACGAGAAGAAAAACCUGGCCAAGGUAACCGGACUGUCCCUCACGCAGGUCAGCAACUGGUUCAAGAACCGCAGGCAGCGGGACAGGACGCCGUCCGGCACCCACAGCAAAAGCGAGUCCGACGGGAACCACAGCACGGAGGAUGAGGCGAGUGCCAUGGACGACAUCUCUGACAAACAAGAGGAGGCUGCCUGCUCCACAGCUUCCGUCAUCUCCGUCUCUGCGGUUCCUUGUAACACUGGAGGCCAGCUCAUCCUCAACGGCUCCAGCGGCAUCCUCACAGCCUCCCAGCCUUUACUCCUCAAUGGAAAUUCCCUGAUCUCCAACGCAGGCACCGGCGUCAUCAUUAACGGGCUGAGCUUCUGCGAUUGCCAGACGGUCACACUGAGCCCGGUAGCAACCAGCUCCCCUUUAAUUAUGAACGGAGCUCAGGUCAUAACCAAACCUGGGGUCGGCGUGCAUCAGCCUCAGCCGCCAGCCUCUGCGCCAGAAGCCUCUUGUGUGGAGACUAAGCCAGUUGUUCUGAACACCAACGCCGUCCCAAUGUCAAACGCUCCCACCAUCAUUUCUCCUCUGCUGCAAAACAAAACUGAAACCCACCAGGACAUGGAUUUUAUUGUUGCUUCAAAAUCAGAAGGCACCAGCCAGACUGUAUCUCCCUCUUCCUCAUCGUUAUCCCCGCCUUCACCCUCUCUGUCCACCCCAACCAGUCUCCCUUCGCUCAUCCUCGCACAAACUCCCCAACAGCAGGAGCCCCUUGCUCUCCCUGUCGCUCUAUCGUGUGGGGGCGUGGUCAUUUCCACCUCUAGCGUGUCUCAGCUAAGCCCCCCAAGUUCUGCCAAUUCUUCUGGCAACUCCACCCCUCAGAUCAUUUCUUUGCCCCAGGUCGUGCCCUCCAUCCAGGGAACACCGGUGUCCCAUGUGGUGCAGCACUCCUCGGGGGUUCAGGCAUCACAGUGUCCUCAGCUGGUCCCCGUGUCCCCCCUGACCUCCCCGGCUCCACAGUUCCAAAGCCCCCAGACUCUAACCACAGGAAACCGGCUGGCGCCACAGCAGCAAGAUGCUUCUACAACUGUGGCUGAAAGUGCCAGAACCAUCGUUUCAGUUUCACAGCUUAACAGCAGCCACCUCCUGCAGCACCUGGUGAACCCGCUCGGAGAGCAAACCACAGACUUUUCGCCCAGCAAAAUUCAGGCUCCGCAGAUCAUUUCCAUUUCCUCCCCGGCACAAGACGCUCCAGCCUCCCAGAGUAAAGGUAGCACCCCAGCACAAAUGGUCCCAAUCUCCAUGCCUCAGCUGAUUCCAGUCUCCUCCAUCCAAAAUUCGACCAGCAUCUCUUUCCCUCAAGUUGUACCUACCAGUUCCAAUCUUCCCGUAUCCUCUACUGGAGUCCCCUUGCAAAUUCUGUCUUCAGCUCCAGCUGCGGGUGGGGUCACCCAGAGCUCUGUGAGGAUAAACCAGCUGAGACCCGUUCAGAACCCCCCCAGCAGCAUGGCUCCUGCAGUGCAGCUCCUGAACCCUGGGAUCAUCCAGCUAUCCUCCACUUCCCAAGGUGGUCUUCUCUUCGGGGGAAGUCCCUACCUGAGUGUCCAGCAGGGUAAGCUGAUUCUGACCAUCCCAGCAGGCCUUCAGCUGACCAGUGUGCCCCUGAAGCCAGUCCCAGACACUGCACCGGUUUCUUCAAAUGGAAUGGGUCUAUCUCUAAACCCCCCCACCCUUUCUGUUGCCCCCCAGCCUUCCGUCACCCCUGCCCUAACCUCCAGUGGCCUCAUGGCGUCUCCCUUGAAUUUCAAUAACUCCUCCCCACCGUAUUGCGCUCCGGAGACUUCGAUUGCAAUCGGCCAAACCCCUUCCGUCCUCCCCCCGCAGCUGCUGGAUCAGACGGCAAACGCACUGACUCCAGAGAGCAUGCUCACCCUCAGUCCCAUGUACAGCGGAGUCACCUCAAAUGUCCAGUUGUCCCAGCCGGCUUGGAGCCCCAUGCCACUGUCCACCUCGGCGAGUCUGGCAAUGUUCGACGUUCGCGGCAAGGGGGACCUGCCCGUGGACCCGGCCUUGUUGGGUCUUACUGGGGGAGAGUCGCUGCUUCUGGGAAGCCCCACCCCAGAGCAAGAUGGAGAAGCCAACUCGCCACUGGCUAAUCGAGAAGACGGGGACUCCAAGAUCCUUACUCAACUCCAGUCUGUCCCUGUGGAUGAUGAACUGGGCUUGUAGUCUGUUUACAAAGUGGGCUAAGGACUAAGAACAAAAUUACACUAACACCUACUAUUAUUACAAACCCAUUAUUCUUUGAAAUUUGCCUAGCAACUGACUCCACUCUGCUUCUUGUAGGAACCUCUUUUACACCCAGAUGGGCAGAAUUAUUGGGAAAAUUCACCAGCAGCUUUCCACAUGGGAGUAUCUGCUUCUUUUUAUAGGAUCUCUGGGUCUUAAAGUUCUUUUUAUUCUCACUAAUUUUUUUAAGAUGAAGACAGAGCUUUGACCUGGAACGGUGUUCUCCAACACACUCCAUGAUUGUUUUUUGGUUUUGUUUUUUUGAGCCGGCAGAGUGAUGUCUCCACCAUAAUAGUCUAUAAACAUUUUCAACCAAAGGAGAGCUGGUUUGGAGCCUCACGUGAAUCCAACAACACUCCCAAGAAGACAAUUGGUAACCAGUUUAUCUUCGUCGAUAGAAGAAGUAGACUGAGUUGCUCGUGAACCAUAUUAUCUCAGCUUCAAAGGCUAUGCAGCAGUAUUUUCUGGUUUCAUGUAAGUUACUGAAGAUUUCUUGAAUUGUUCCUUUGAUGGCAAAGGAGGAAGAAAAAAAAAAACGUCAGGAAAACAAAGGGUUAUUGUUGUUUUCAAACUAUGCAAUGCUUUUAUUGCUUCUCAUGGGACACUAUUGGAACUGGUAUAACAGCUAGGACAUUUGGGAGAUGAAGAGGAGCUUUGAUUAAGGAGCAUUUGCAGUUCAUUACACUAAAACAUUUGCUGUGAUUCCACAAAGUCCAAAAUCUCAGUAUGCUGAUGCUGAUAAGUGCCUUAUUUUAAACUUUUAUUGAUGUUCUAUUAAAAUGUUUAUAUAUAUUUCUACAGGAAAAAAAAAUCAAGUCAUUUUUACAGCUAACCAAAUUCCUGAACUCACUUCAUAGAGACUUUUGUAGAAGCCACAUUUACGUGUCCUCCGUGGAUCACACAUUCGUCGACUCAUUGUUUUUGUAUAUUUUGCACAUUUCAUUUCCACUAUGUUUACGCUACGAUGCCUUGUUGCUAUGACUGGGAUUCAACUCGCAUGUGCUGCUUUUAAAAUUUCAAACAUUUUCUUUUUAAGGUGGAAAAAAAAAGAAUCAUUAAAAGCCAAAAAUGUGAGUUUCCUGCUGUCAUGACACAGGUAGUGGUCAAAUCUUUGGCUAUUUAUGGUACACAAAUAGACAGCUCAAUGUCUUAUCUAGAUACAGUAAUGGCCUGCAUGUGUUUGUUGUGUCUUUUUUUUAACAGUUUUUCUCUCUUUUUCAUGUAUUCUAUUUAAAGUAUGUAUUGGCUUGUUUUUGUUUUGUGUGAAAAUGUGUAAUUUUGGGGGGGGGGGGAACGAUGCAAAAGCUCACAUCUUCAUGUCCCCUGAGUUUUACCAUUUCAGACUGAAGUUACCAAAAAGCUUUCAAGGGUCAAGAAUGCAACAUUUUAAAACAGGUCACAUUAUUUUAAUGAAUUUAAAAAAAAAACCUUCCUUCAAUCUGACUUUUAAGUCCUUUAGCUUUAGAUGGCGAUAAAUCCAUCUUUCUUACCAAAGCAUGUUAACCAUUUGAAGGUCUUCUCUUCCUUCUGUAGCUGGAAACUGUUGUUUCUUUUAUUCUCUGAAUAUAUGACUCCAGACCUAACCAAAGAUAUUGUACGCUGAUAAAUGUUUGAAAUAUUUCUAAAAGGGAUCAUUUGUGUGUUGUUCAAAUUUGUCCUCUCUUUAUUUUUAUUCAAAUAUGUUUUAUUUUUUUAUAUUACAUGAUAUUCUAAUAAACUCCAAUUAUCUGGUG